AUACCUUCUUCAACAACUACAAAUAAUAAAACAAUAAUUCAAAAUGGUAUUGUUCACUCGUUCCCUCUCUCGUUUGGCAACAAGACCGUCUCCUUGUGCUCGGUCAAUCUUCACAGCUUCUGCUGUUGCGAGAACCACCCCAACAUGGACGACGCGAUCGACUGCUUUUGGCUCACAGAAGCUCAAUCAUACAUUUGGAAAUGUCAGAAUGCUAACGGGUAAUCAUCGUGAAAAGGUCAAGGUACUUCUUGUAUUGUACGACGGAAAGAAGCACGCCGAAGAGGUUCCAGAGCUUCUCGGCACAACUGAGAACGAGCUCGGUAUCCGCAAAUGGCUCGAGGACCAAGGACAUGAGCUCAUCACCACCUCCGACAAGGAGGGAGAGAACUCCGAAUUCGACAAGCACUUGGUAGACGCAGAGAUCAUCAUUACCACUCCUUUCCACCCAGGUUACCUCACUGCCGAGCGUCUUGCCAAGGCCAAGAACCUCAAGAUCGCCAUCACUGCCGGUAUUGGAUCUGAUCACGUCGAUCUCAAUGCUGCCAACAAGACCAACGGUGGUAUCACCGUUGCUGAAGUUACUGGAUCCAACGUCGUCUCCGUCGCUGAGCACGUCGUUAUGACCAUCUUGGUUCUCGUCCGUAACUUUGUCCCAGCACACGAGCAAAUCCAAGCUGGAGAAUGGGAUGUUGCCGCUGCCGCCAAGAACGAGUUCGAUCUUGAGGGCAAGGUCGUCGGUACCGUUGCUGUUGGAAGAAUUGGUGAGCGUGUCUUGAGAAGAUUGAAGCCAUUCGACUGCAAGGAAUUGUUGUACUUCGAUUACCAACCUCUUAAGCCAGAGGUUGAGAAGGAGAUUGGUUGCAGACGUGUUACCGACUUGGAGGAGAUGUUGGCUCAAUGUGAUGUUGUCACCAUUAACUGCCCUCUCCACGAGAAGACCCGUGGUCUUUUCAACAAGGAGUUGAUCUCCAAGAUGAAGAAGGGAUCCUGGUUGGUCAACACCGCCCGUGGUGCCAUCGUUGUCAAGGAAGAUGUUGCCGAGGCCCUCAAGUCUGGUCACCUCCGCGGUUACGGAGGAGAUGUCUGGUUCCCUCAACCAGCACCAAAGGACCACCCACUCCGCUACGCAAAGAACCCAUUCGGUGGUGGAAACGCCAUGGUUCCUCACAUGUCUGGUACCUCUUUGGAUGCUCAAAAGAGAUAUGCCGAUGGUACCAAGGCUAUUCUCGAGAGCUACUUGUCUGGCAAGCAUGAUUACAGACCUGAGGAUUUGAUCGUUAUUGGUGGUGACUACGCUACCAAGGCUUAUGGUGAGAGAGCGAAGAACAGUGGUUCUUCUGGUGCCAACAAGGCAUAAGUUGGAAAGAUGAUUGUAUAAUUGAUAUGGGAUGGGAAAGGAAAUGGGUUUUAAGGUAUGCGGCUUUGAUGGUUCAAGCUGCUACUAUGUGAUAUGACAUUAAAUGAAAUGAAAUAAAUUAUCUGUUAAA